AUGUCUGUCCGGGAAUCUUUCAAUCCUGAGAGUUAUGAGCUUGACAAGAGCUUCCGCCUAACUCGUUUUGCAGAGCUUAAAGGCACUGGCUGCAAAGUUCCUCAAGAUGUUUUACAAAAAUUGCUAGAAUCUUUGCAGGAGAAUCAUUUUCAGGAUGAUGAGCAAUUUCUUGGUGCAGUUAUGCCAAGGCUGGGUAUUGGUAUGGACACAUGCGUCAUUCCUUUAAGACACGGUGGCCUUUCUUUGGUUCAAACUACAGAUUACAUUUAUCCCAUUGUAGAUGAUCCUUAUAUGAUGGGACGAAUAGCAUGUGCAAAUGUAUUAAGUGACCUUUAUGCAAUGGGAGUCACUGAAUGUGACAACAUGCUUAUGCUUCUUGGUGUCAGUAAUAAACUGACUGAUCGGGAAAGAGACAAGGUGAUGCCUCUCAUUAUCCAGGGCUUUAAGGAUGCUGCAGAAGAAGCAGGAACGUCUGUUACUGGAGGUCAGACUGUGCUGAAUCCUUGGGUAGUUCUGGGAGGAGUGGCUACAACGGUUUGCCAGCCUAAUGAAUUCAUUAUGCCAGACAAUGCUGUACCAGGAGAUGUACUUGUGCUGACAAAACCUUUGGGAACCCAAGUUGCAGUAGCAGUUCAUCAGUGGCUGGAUAUUCCAGAAAAAUGGAAUAAAAUAAAAUUGGUGGUGACCCAGGAAGAUGUGGAGUUGGCAUACCAGGAGGCAAUGAUGAACAUGGCUCGACUAAACCGAACUGCUGCUGGUCUUAUGCACACAUUUAAUGCUCACGCCGCUACAGACAUAACAGGGUUUGGAAUUUUAGGACAUGCGCAAAAUUUGGCUAAACAGCAACGAAAUGAAGUUUCCUUUGUAAUUCAUAAUCUGCCUGUAUUAGCAAAGAUGGCUGCUGUCAGCAAGGCAUGUGGAAAUAUGUUUGGUCUUAUGCAUGGCUCUUGUCCUGAAACCUCGGGAGGUCUUCUGAUCUGUUUGCCACGAGAACAGGCUGCACGCUUCUGUGCUGAAAUUAAAUCCCCCAAGUAUGGAGAAGGUCACCAAGCAUGGAUUAUUGGCAUUGUAGAAAAGGGCAACCGUACUGCCAGAAUCAUAGACAAGCCACGAAUCAUUGAAGUUGCUCCUCAAGUGGCUACUCAAAAUGUUAAUCCAACUCCUGGUGCCACUUCUUAA